UUCCGAAAUCGUCAGUUCAAAAUCUGCGCCCAAACAGUUCGUACAAUUCGCGAAAAAAUGUCUCGCUUAUUUUUUCUUUUUUUAUUUAGUCAAGUCGUAUUUGGCGUCGGCGGUCAGAGUAGUAAUACAUGCCCAGUGUGCGCUUGCAAUUGUAUUUGUAAUCUCCUAAUAGAAGCCGUUAAUGAUGAAGAUGUACAACAGAGUAAAUCUAAUAACGCCAUAAAAGCUUCGAACAACGAAACGCAGAGUCUUGCGGAUCGAGUAUCAAAACCGUCUAAUUGCUUGGAAGCAGCUGCCAAUACCAUGAAGAGUGGCAUUCACCACAUUCAAGUGGGGGUGUCUGAUGUGAGGGUGUUUUGUGAAGAAGGCGUGGAUUUUGGAGGAUGGAUAGUUAUACAGAGGCGACAAAGUAAUUCUGUAGAUUUUGAUAGAAACUGGCAAAACUAUAAGGACGGAUUUGGCGACUUAACGGGAAGCUUUUGGAUAGGUUUGGACAACCUACAUGCGCUCACUAGCAGCUGUGAACAGGAGUUGUAUAUUCAAAUGGAAAGUAUCGAUGGCAAAAAAUACUAUGCAAGAUAUUCAUCUUUCCUUAUUGGCACUGAGUCCGAAAGUUACGCUUUGCAGAAAUUGGGUGAUUAUAACGGCAAUGCUGGCGAUGCCUUAACAGCUCAUUUGGGAAUGAAAUUUCGAACUUAUGAUCAUGAUUGUGGCUCGUUUUUUUUUAUUGCAGGCGGUUGGUGGAGUAAUUACUGCAAAGUCAGUCACUUAAAUGGACAAUAUGGGAGUUAUUUAAGUUGGGAAGGCAUAAACGAAAAUUUAUCAUUUACGCAAAUGAUGAUACGACCAACUCCGAAGUGCUUUAGGCAAUUGCUGUUGCGCAAUUAGCUAGUAAA